AUGGACCAACUUGAAUCCUGCGAUAAAGCGCAGAUUGUCUAUGUGCCCCACUCCAAGGGCCGGGCUACAGCAGUGAAGCGUUUGGCCCUCACGGCAAUUGCUAUUGCAGCGACGGCGCUGAGCUUUCACCCCAGCCUCUGGGAUUUUUGGCACGAAACCGCACCACCAUCGCAUAACAGCGAACCUCUAGACUUUGACUGGUUUGCACUGGAACCGGCGUCGACAAUCCAGUGGUCCCCAUGCUUCUCCGGCCAGCAAUGCGCUCGUUUGAUCCUUCCCUUGGAUUAUGAGGACCUAGACGGGUCGACCGUAACGAUUGCCCUGCGCAUGAUCCCGGCCACUGACAAGGAGAACUAUCGCGGGACGCUCCUCGUCAACCCUGGUGGGCCCGGCGGGUCUGGCACCGAGUUCGUUGGACGGUCAGGGCAGGACCUCUCGCGCAUCGUCGGCCCUUCGUUCGACGUCCUCGGGUUCGACCCGCGUGGUGUCGGGGCGUCUCUGCCGUCCGCGCGCUGCUUCGAGACGACCUUGCAGUGGCGGCUCUGGGGGCUCCAGGAGGACAACCGUGUUCUCAACGUCACGGACGGCUCUGUGGACGUAUACCGCGCUAGGGAGCGGCUCGUCGCGGAACGUUGUGAACAGAAGAUCGGCGGGGAGGGCGGAAUUGGCAGGUUUGCGGGCGCAGUGAGCGUCGCCCGGGACAUGCUUGAGAUCGUGCAGCAACUGGGCCAAGAGAAACUCCAGUUCUGGGGCUUCAGCUAUGGCACUAUACUCGGGCAAUAUUUCGCCUCGAUGUACCCCGACAAGGUCGGGCGCAUAAUCCUCGACGGCGUGUACGACGCGAACAUCUACCGCGCGAAGCUCGUCAACACCAUCGGCGACAUGGACGCCGUCAUCGGCUCCUUCUACCACUUCUGCCACUUGGCCGGCCCAGAGAAGUGCGCAUUAUGGGCACCCAGCGCAGCCAAAGUCGAAGAGCGCUACCUCAACGCCAUUCGCAGCAUCGAGGAAGAGCCCAUCGCCAUCCCGCAAGCGGAGCCACCCCUCGUAAUGACCACGAAGCACCUCCGGUCCCAAAUCCGCGGCGCCUCCUACCGGCCCCUCACAGCGUUCCCGCUCGUCGCAGAAACCAUCCACGCCGUCGAAACCCGCAACCAAACCGCACUCGCCCUACUUGCCCCGCGCAUCGUCCGCCCCACCGAGUGCGCCUGCACCCCCCGCACCCCGGGCUCCGACUUCGCAGACUCCGACGAGCUGUUCCCCGCGAUCGAGUGCAGCGACGGCGACGCGCGUCCCUACGACCCCACUGAGUUCCGCGCGUUGUACGCCGAGCUCGCGCGCACGUCCCCGCUCGUCGGGCCCUCGUGGGCGGUGUACUACCUGCAGUGCGCGGAGUGGCGCAUGCGCGCGAAGCGCGGGUGGAGUGGGCCGUUCGCCGCGCCGCGCACCGCGCACCCGCUGCUCGUGCUCUCGCCGCGGUUCGACCCGGUGUGCCCGCUCGCGGACGCGCGCGCGGUGCAGGCGCGGUUUGGCGGCGCGGGGCUGCUCGUGCAGGAGUCGUAUGGGCACUGCUCGCUCGCGGCGCCGUCGCUGUGCACGGCGAGGCGCGUGCGGGCGUAUAUGGUGGAUGGGACGGUGCCGGAGGAGGGCGCGGUGUGCGAGGUUGAUGAGCUUCCGUUUGGUGUGCCUGUGGGGGACGUCCGCGCGUUGGAGAGUGAGGAUGUGGAGUUGUUGGAGGCGUUGAAGAGGUUGACAACCGCGCUGCCUGUGCGUGGUUUGUAUGCUUAA